GUAACACCAUCUACCAUCUAUCAUUUCCUAAACCAAAUAUUUACACUUUUCUUCCAAACAAUUUUGAACCAAAAAAAACACCAUUCUAAUGGGUUCGCUUACCAUUCCAAACCAAAAACCUCAUGCGGUUUUAGUUCCAUAUCCAGCACAAGGCCAUAUAAACCCUUUCAUGAGACUAGCCAAGCUUUUACAUGCAAAAGGCUUCCACAUAACCUUUGUCAACACCGAAUUCAACCACAAUCGUCUGAUCAGGUCAAAAGGUUCCGACUCGGUCAAAGGGUUCCACGAUUUCAAGUUUGAGACCAUCCCGGACGGGAUGCCGGCGUCGGAUAAAGAUGCGACGCAAGAUGUGGUUAUGCUGUGUGAUUCUACUAGGAAAACUUGUUUGGUUCCUUUUAAGGAGCUUCUGGUGAGGUUGAAUUCGUCUUGUCCUGAGGUUCCUCCUGUGAGUUGUGUUAUUUCGGAUGGUGUUAUGAGUUUUGCUAUCAAAGCUGCUGAGGAUUUAGGUAUUCCGGAAGUUCAAUUCUGGACUGCUUCUGCUUGCUCUUUUGUUGGAUAUUUGCAUUACAGGGAAUUCAUUCGGAGAGGAAUUGUCCCUUUUCAAAAUGAUGACUACCUAACAGAUGGCACUCUUGAUGAACCUGUUGAUUGGAUUUGUGGGAUGAGCAAUGUAAAAUUCAGGGACCUUCCAAGCUUUUUAAGAACAACUGAUCCCAAUGACAUAAUGUUAGAUUUCAUGGGAGAGGAAGCACAGAGUUGCCUGAAAGCUCCAGCCAUUAUGUUCAACACCUUGGAUGAAUUGGAGGAAGAGGCACUCAAUGCAAUCAUUUCCAAUUUCAACUACCCCAACAUUUACACAAUGGGUCCUCUGCCUUUGUUGAGUAAACACAUUGUUCCCGAAACCCGAAUCAAUUCCCUGAAUUCAAGCCUGUGGAAGCCCGACACGAAAGUUUUCGAUUGGUUGGAUGAAAAGGAACCAGGAUCAGUCAUUUAUGUGAAUUAUGGAAGUGUGACAACAAUGUCUGAAAAUCAUUUCAAAGAAUUUGCUUGGGGACUUGCAAAUAGUGGGCAAAACUUUUUGUGGAUCAUUCGUCCUGAUGUUGUCAAUGGAGGCGAAUCGACAAAGAACUUGCCUGAUGAAUUUCUCCAGGAGAUUCAGGAUCGAGGGUUCUUAACAGGUUGGUGUGCUCAAGACAAAGUGUUGGAGCACCCGGCAAUUGGCGCAUUUCUGUCACACUGUGGUUGGAACUCGAUGACGGAAUUAAUUUCGGCAGGUGUCCCUGUGAUCGGAUGGCCGUUUUUCGCCGAUCAGCAAACAAAUUGUCAUUAUGCGAGUGAAAAAUGGGGGAUUGGAAUGGAAGUGAAUCACGACGUGAAGCGAGACGACGUUGCCGCGCUGGUGCGGGAAAUGAUGGUAGGAGAAAGAGGGAAGGAAAUGAGGAUCAAGGCUAAAGAAUGGAAGAAGAAAGCAGAAAAAGCCACUGAUGUUGGAGGAUCGUCCUACAACAAUUUUGACAAGUUCAUCCGGGAGGCUCUUCAUUUCAAGGGUUGAUUGAUUCACUGAAUUUUUCAGCCACUGCAUAUAUUAAUUGUUUUUUUUUUUUUUUUGUGUAUCGAUUUAUUUAUGUUUCAAAUUUUCAAUCAACAUUAUGGUGCCUGACAGCCUGAGCAUGGUUCUUCUAUACGUGUAAUCAAGAAUGUUGUUGAUCGUUGAAUGUGAUUUACCAGAAAAGAAAAUAAAAGAAUGUUGAUUGUGAAAUCAUCAGUUCCAGCUCCCA